CGUUGCAAAUUUGGUAGUAAAAUUCGUAAUGAAUAUGAUUGUAAUCGAUAUUUCGAAUGUGUAGCAAAUGAAUAUAAGGAUCGAUAUUGCAAGGAUAAUUAUGAAUUUAAUGAUGAAAGUGGACAGUGCGAAAAAGAAUAUCAUUGUGAUCUAUCACGUUGUCAUAAUGGAAGAACGAUUGAAAAUGAAAUUUGUGGUCAUUAUCAAAUUUGUAUUAAUGGUAAAUGGCAUAAAAGAAUUUGUGAAAAUAAUCGACAAUUCGCUGAUGGAUAUUGUCGUGAAACGUACUGCAACGAUGAUAACGAUGCAAUCUCAUCAACAUUAUCAUUAUCAUCAUCAUCAUCAUCAUCAUGUAAAGAGGGAGAUAUUGUGGCUGAUGAUAUCGACUGUAAGCGUUAUUUCAUCUGUAGACAGGGUCGAUUUCAAGAACAAUUUUGCUGGCAUGAUGCAUCAUUUGAUAAAAAGCGUGGCUAUUGCGUACGUACUACAAGUCAUAUGUUGCUAGAAGAAGGCUGUAUUGGGAAUACUGUAAAGACUAAUAAACAAGAUCGUACUGCUUACUGGAUUUGUAAUAAUGGGAAAUUCGAAUUACGUUUUUGUCCUUACGGUCUAGCUUAUAUUCAUAGCACUAGAAGAUGUGAGAAAGAUAGUGCUAUUGAUGACGUAAGAUAUGGAACUUGUAAGGAAAGUGGUGGUUCUAUUGGUUACAGGGCAGAUCCAAACGACUGUCACAAAUUUUAUCAAUGUGUUCACGGGAAAUGGAUUUCCAAAGUUUGUCCAGCUAAAUUAUACUGGAAUACGGGAAAAGUAACAUGCGAUUGGUUUCCCGAUAAUGAAUUAUGCAAAAAUUAUAUUGUCCCUGUUUUACUGUAA